AUGCAACACUUCUCAACAGCAAGAUUUUGUCCAAAGGCUUGUUGUUUCAAGUCUUCUCUGUUGAAAAUUCUCGGAACGCAGCAACAACAACGAUUCUUCCACUCCAACCACUUUCCAAUGACAAGUUCAAGUACUGAAUCCCAAGUUCAAUUUCAUGAUCGUUCAUCAGAGCCAUCCGUACAAGUCAUCACACUAAAUAGACCCAAAGCCUUGAAUUCAUUGAAUUUGGAGAUGGUUCGGGAACUGACUCCACGAUAUGAACAAUUAUCAUCAGCCAAUGAUCCAUGCAAGAUUAUAAUUUUGAAAGGAGCAGGAGAUAAAGCCUUCUGUGCUGGUGGUGAUAUUAAAGCAAUUUAUGAAAGCAAGGAUCCAAAAUUCUUUGCUGAAGAAUAUCAAUUAAAUUAUUUGAUUGGAACACUCUAUGAAAAACACAAGAAGGUUCAAAUCGCAUUUUUGAAUGGCAUUACCAUGGGUGGAGGAGUGGGUUUGAGUGUUCAACCUGAUACUAUUAGAAUUGCCACUGAGAAGACAGUUUUUGCAAUGCCAGAAACAGCUAUUGGUUUCUUUUGUGAUGUUGGUGGAAGCUAUUUCCUUCCUAGAAUUCCAAUUAAAGGGCUUGGAAUGUAUUUGGCAUUGACAGGAGCAAGAUUAAAAGGAGAGCAAUGUGUUGUUGCAGGUGUUGCCACUCAUUUUGUACCAUCAGACAAGUUGGGAGAAUUAGAAGAACUUGUUGUCAAACUCAGUAGAGACACACACAAUGGAUUCGUUUCUCCACAAAUGAUCGGAAACGAAAUCACCAAGCAUUUCCCUCAAGAACAAUAUCUUAACACAUCUCAUGCUAAAUCCUUCCUACACCACGAAAAGGAAAUUUCAUUGUUUGACCCAUCUGUGAAUCCAACCGUUCAUGACAUUGUUGAAGGUUUAAAGAAAUUGAAUACUCAUCAUGCUGAGCAUACUUUGAAAACUUUGGAACAAAUGUCACCUACAAGUUUAAGGGUUGUCCACAGACAAUUAAGGAUGGGAGCAGUGUUAGGUUAUAAGGAAUGUUUUGACAUGGAAUUAGGAAUUGCAAAGCACAUGAUGUUUGGACAUGAUUUCUUUGAAGGUGUAAGAGCCUUACUCGUUGACAAAGACAAGAAUCCAAAAUGGAAUCCUGCUACCUUAGAACAGGUCAAGAAAAAAGAAAUUGAUGCCUACUUUGAAGCAUUUCUAACAACCAGUGCCAAGAUCACACAACACAAUGAAAAUGCAUAA